CUUGCUACUCCUCCCUCUCUCUCUCUCUCUCUGUCUCUCUCUCUCUCUCUCUCUCUUCCCUAAUUUCCUGUUUCUGCAACUCUUAAUUGUGCUUCUCUGCAAUUUUCCUAAACCCUAGAGGCUCUCCUUCUCCCCUUUUCACUCCCUCUUCAAUUUCCAAUUUAUAUCUUCUUCUCCUCCUCCCCUCAGAUUUCCUUGACGUUAGGGUUUUCUUUUAUAUAUAUAUAUAUAUUUUUUUUUUUUUCUCUACAUUUCUAAAUAUUUCUGAUACUAGAUAGUGUUGUUCAAAAUUCACGCCUUCUGAUUUCUUGGAUCUGAUCAUGGACUCGCGAGAUUCGUCUUCAUCUCAAUCGACGCCCGCGGCGAAUCGAGAGACUACUGCUUCUGCUGCCGCUGCUUCAUCGUCCACUGCCGGUGAGGAUGACGCCGUUCUUUCUGUAACUGCUGCUCUUGCUAAGGACGCGGCCUUGCAUUUCCAGUCUCGCCGUUUCACGGAGUGCCUCGCUGUUUUGUAUCAGCUCAAGUUAAAGAAAGAAGACAAUCCCAAAGUGCUUCAUAAUAUUGCAAUUGCGGAAUACUUUCGUGAUGGUUGUUCAGAUCCAAGGAAGUUGCUUGAAGUACUUAAUAACGUGAAGGAGAAAAGUGAGCAGCUUGCUCAGGCUUCAGGGGAGCAGGUUGAUGCUGGGAGCAAUACUGGAAAUAAAGUUAUUUCUGGCUCUAAAGGAAGUGCUACAACAGCACAUCAAUUUUCUGCUACAAAUGGUGCAACACUGGUUUACAUGGAUGAAUUUGAUCCGGCAGUUGCAACAUUAAACAUUGCAAUUAUCUGUUUUCAUCUUCAUGAAUAUACAAAAGCAUUGUCAGUUCUAGAACCUUUGUAUCACAAUAUUGAGCCUAUUGAUGAGACAACUGCUCUCCAUGUUUGCCUUCUGUUUCUGGAUGUUGCACUUGCCUGCCAGGAUGCAUCAAAAUCUGCUGAAGUACUGAUUUAUCUAGAAAAAGCUUUUGGUGUUGGUUGUGUGAGUCAAGGUGAUAAUGUAAGCGCAGCACAUCAACAACCUGCAAAUCUAGCUGCAAAAUCAUCCUCUAUUUUGAGCAGUUCAUCAGCCUUGGAUGCUUCUAAUUCAGAUUUAACACCUAGUGGGAAUGCCUUGGAAAAUUCCUUGUCGAGAACUUUAUCAUUAUCAGAGGAGUCACUUGAGUAUGAAACCAUGUUUGCAUUGGACAUAAGUGGACAGAACUUCACGAGGCCAUCUGGUCUCCCAUCUUCAAAUGAUCUUUCUAGGAUCCAGUUGGAUCGGUCUAUGUCUACCAUUGAUCUGAAGCUUAAGUUGCAGCUGUACAAGGUCCGUUUUCUACUUCUCACAAGGAAUUUAAAACAAGCAAAGCGUGAAGUUAAGCUUGCUAUGAACAUUGCACGUGGGAGAGACUCGUCCACAGCUCUCCUCUUGAAGUCUCAGCUUGAAUAUGCUCGUGGGAAUCAUCGUAAAGCCAUCAAGUUGCUGAUGGCAUCAAGUAACCGGACAGAGAUGGGGAUUUCAAGCAUGUUCAACAACCUUGGCUGCAUUUAUUAUCGUCUUCAUAAAUACCACACAUCGUCUGUCCUCUUUUCCAAGGCACUGUCUAGUAGUUCGUCACUUUGGAAGGACAAGCCUUUGAAACUGUCAACUUUUUUACAAGAUAAAUCUCUCCUCAUUAUGUACAAUUGUGGCAUACAACACUUGGCUUGUGGGAAACCCUUGCUGGCUGCUCGCUGUUUCCAGAAAGCAAGUUUAAUAUUUUACAACCAUCCUAUCUUGUGGCUACGGCUUGCCGAGUGUUGUCUGAUGGCUUUAGAUAGGGGACUUAUAAAAUCUGGUCGAACUUCAGACAAAUCAGAAAUUAUAGUCCAUGUUAUUGGCAAGGGAAAAUGGAGGCAUCUUGCAAUAGAAAAUGGGAGUUCAAGAAAUGGAUAUUUGGAUCCUGUUGAAAGGGAGGACUUGUUUUUGGGCAGUGAUGGGCAACCAAAGCUCUCUGUGUCCCUUGCCCGGCAGUGUCUCUUAAAUGCUCUGCAUUUGUUGGACUGUUCUGAUAUAAAAGGUUUGAAGUCCAGUUUACCUUCCAGUAUUUCCUUGGAGGAAAAUGAAUCAAGUGAAGCAGGAUCUCUCAAGAAUUCAAACCACAAGGGUUUAACUGGCCUAGAUACCAAAGCAUCAACUUUAUCUGUAGGCUUAGGUCAGCUUAAUGCAAAUGGGGAUGCAAAAGAGCAGAAGGGAGUGACAAGUCAGGAGAUCAUGCAGAAUUCCAUAUCUUACUUUGAAGAUAUUUGUUUGAGAGAGAAUCAGAUGAUUAAGCAAGCUCUUCUUGCUAACUUGGCCUAUGUAGAGUUGGAACUAGAAAAUCCUGAGAAGGCCUUGUCAACUGCGAAGUCUCUCUUGGAACUUGCAGAAUGUUCCAGAAUUUAUGUUUUUCUUGGUCAUGUGUAUGCAGCAGAGGCCCUCUGCUUGCUGAACAAGCCUAAGGAAGCUGCUGAGCACUUGUCAAUUUAUUUGUCUGGAGGAAGUAAUGUCGAGUUGCCCUUCAGCCAGGAGGACUGUGAGCAAUGGCAACUGGAGAAAACUUUCGAUUGUGAAGAUUCCAAUGGAGGAUCAUCUGCAAAGAUUUCUUUCCCUGAGGAAUCUCGAGGUAUUGUGUUCCACAAACCGGAAGAGGCGCGAGGUACCCUUUAUGCCAAUUUUGCAACCAUGUAUGCGGCACAAGGUGAACUUGAACGUGCCCACCAUUUUGUGACCCAAGCAUUGUCCAUUAUACCCGACAGUCCAGAGGCCACUUUGACAGCUGUUUACGUGGACCUUAUGCUUGGUAAGUCACAAGCAGCUAUAUCCAAGUUAAAACAAUGUAGUCGGGUCAAGUUCGUUCCAAGCCAUGUACAAUUGAAUAAAUCUUGAUGGGUGCAUCAGUGGCUUCUAAUUCUUGUGUCUGGGUCACCUCUCAGUGUUAGUUAGUGGGUAGAUCAGCAAUCCUUAUGUAGGAUUUGUAACAUAUAUAGUUCAGUUAAGAGAAUAAAUUUUCUGUUAUUUUUUUUUUCCUUUCGAUUUUUCAUAUCUAGGGCUCAUUAAUUGGUGGUGCGGCAAGAGAGUUUUGGAUAGAGCGGAUGCCCACCUUUCAAAUUUAUGUUGUGCUCUUCAUGAGACUGAAAACAGAAGAAAAGAAAUUAUUCAUCAAUUCCUCUUGAGAUUUCAA